ACACCCUAGCUGUCAAAUUAGUCAGUGGUCCUACUGGUCCUUUUUGCUGGGAACUUGCGCCUGUGUGAGGUCAUGUACCGUCUCUGAUAUAAGCCAAAAUUGAAAUAUUAUCUUUGUUAACACAGAAAUAUAAACCAUUUCGAAAGUGAUGAUGGGCGGUAAAUCGAGCACGAUAGCCGCCGGUGUUUGCGGGGCUCUGUUCGUCGGCUACUGCAUCUACUUCGACAGGAAAAGACGGAGUGACCCCAACUUCAAGAACAGGCUGCGAGAACGGAGGAGAAAUCAGGCGGCUGCAAAACAAGGGACAGGACUGUCGAAGCUCCCAGACCUGAAGGAUGCUGAGGCGGUCCAGAAGUUCUUUCUGGAGGAGAUUCAGCUGGGAGAGGAGCUGUUGGCUCAGGGAGACUACGAGAACGGCGUGGAGCACCUGACCAACGCCAUCGCCGUGUGCGGCCAGCCCCAGCAGCUUCUCCAGGUGCUGCAGCAGACCCUCCCGCCACCUGUCUUCCAGAUGCUACUCACCAAACUGCCCACCAUCAGCCAGCGUAUUGUGAGCGCACAAGGUAGCUUGAAUGAAGAUGACUUAGAAUGAGGAUCGUCGAUGGAAGUUUCCCCUCGGAACGCUCUUCCUCUGGACCCUCCUAUAACAGGAGUUGGGUGAAGUUGCCCCUAGAUGCUGAUCUUGGGUCAGUUUUGUAUUUUCCCCACUAAUGGUUAAGGUUAGGAUUGGGGAGGGGAAGGUGAUCCUAGAUCGGUACUUAAGGGAAGUUCAUCCCGGAGCUCCUAUAACCCCUUAUCCUGACUUGUAUAGAAAAUUGGUAAACUUUUUUUUUUACUCACCUGAGGGUAUUCUUUUGCUUCUGUCCAAAUGGAAAAACAUGAACCCGUCCAAUUACCACAUGUUGUGUUACUAUUGGUCGCAUCAAAUUACCAUCUCUUGAUUUGCAGCAAUGGUAACCAAUCAAAUGCCUAUCGGACCCAUUUUAUUCGAUUCAUAUGCAGUUAGUGUUUUGCUUCUCUUACAGUUUGUCUCUGAAAGUUAUAGCAAAACAUUUCUCAGCAUUUACAAUACCAUCCCUGCAACCGCUCCCACGUUUACACAGCUCUGGGACCAUAUGUAUUAAGCUUCUUGAGUAGGAGUGCUGAUCUAGGAUCAGGUCCUGCCCAUGCAGUCUUAUUCAUUGUGAUCUAAAAGGAAAAACUGAUCUUAAAUAAUUCCUACUCUGAGGCUUGAUACAUAUAGCCCCUGUACUAAAACCUCUUUCUACAAACUUAGUCUUUCAAUUUCCUUGUUCCUACAUGUGAUCUGUCUCAACGCUGUUGCUUCAUUGUAUAAGUUAUUGUUUUGUUUUCAGUCCGACAUGGAUACUUUAAAGUGAUUGAAUGUUCUGUUACGUCAUUAAGAGGUUGUUCCUCUUUGUAAGAAAUCUAAAUAAAAAGGUACAUGACAACA